GGGAAUCUUGAUCUUAGGAAGGAGCCCUGAACAUGGCCUGGUGAUGUUCGCAAUUAAAGUCAAACUUUAAACCGUGAGUGAUAAGGAAUACACACUCUAAAUAAUUGUGCCUCUGCAUUCAGCCACCUUUGCACUGAGCUCUAGAAGGCCCUGUGAAGAUUAGACAAGUAAACAUGGAACGAAAUGUCUAAAUCCUCAGUCUAGGUAUCCAAGUCACCUGCUCUGCUGUCUGUUCCUGCCUGCUGUCACUGACCAUAUCCAUCAUGCCCAGGGGACAGAAGAGUAGGGCCCGAGCUCGUGAGAAGCGUCGCCAGACCAAAACUGAGUCCCAGGAGCUUGAGGGUACUCAGACCAUGCCAUCAGAGCAAAAAGGGUCAUCCUCUUCCUCUGCUCAGGCCUCUGGAGAUGCUGUCCCAAGUCCCUCUUCUGAUACCCUUACCAAGUUGUUUCAAGGAAUGUCUUGCACCACCACUUUCAGUAUUUGCAUUGCCUGCAAAAGGGCUGAUACAAAUGCCAAGAGCCGACGGAAGCAAAAUAUGAGUUCCUCUAUGGCCCAGCAGUCCAAGAGCCCAAAGCAAGAUCUUCUAACAAGGAAGACUGGGAUGCUAAUGGAGUACAUGCUCAGCAAGUACAAACACAAGGAGCCCCUACUGAGGGAAGAAAUGCUGAAUGUUGUCACCAAAAGUUUCAAGGAGCAGUUCCCUGAGAUCCUUAAGAAAGCCUCCAACCGCAUGGAUAUGGUUUUUGGCCUUGAGUUGAAAGAAAUCCAGCCCAAGGGUCGAUCAUAUGAGCUUGUCAGUAAACUGGAUUUCCAGGAUGAUGGAAGUGGGAGCAGUGAGCUGGGUGUUCCUACUAGGGGCAUUCUGAUCCCCCUCCUAAGUGUGAUCUACUUAAACAACUACUGUGCCCCAGAGAAGGAGGUCUGGCACUUCCUGAAUAUGUUAGGAGUCUAUGAUGGGGUCCCACACAUCAUCUUUGGGAAUGCCAGGAAGCUCAUCACUGAAGAUCUAGUGCAGGAAGAGUACCUAGAAUACCGUGAGGUUCCUGAUAGUGACCCUCCGUCCUAUCAGUUCCUGUGGGGUUCAAAAGCCUACUCUGAAACGAGCCAAGUAAAGGUGAUGGAGUUUUUGGCCCGCAUCAAUGAAACUGACUCCUCUCCCUCCCCAUCCAAUCAUGAAGAAUCUUUUAAGGCAAAAGAUAAAACCCAAGCUGAAGGUACAGGCCAGGGAAGCACGAAAUCCAAGGCCAAGAAACGUUCUAAAGCCAAGUCCCGCAUGCCUACACCUACUAGUGAAAUCUAAGGUAGUCUCUACUGUGUUAUUGAAAGAUCGCACUAACCUUUGUUUUUGUGAUGCUUAAAUUAGUUGUUGAUAAAAUUGUUUAGUGUCUUUUAUCAUAGUGUUUACUUGAAGUCAGAAGUUGCAUAGAAAUAAUACAAUAGAUUAUGCCUUCAUUGCUGUUUACCAAGUUGAGGGUUGAAAGUUUGAUUUGAUAUGAAAUAUUUGAAAUUUCAUAAUUACCUUAAGGCAACAUGGGAUUGGAAUGUAAAUGUGCUUGAGAGUGGGAGAGAAAAGAAGAUAGAGAAAAUAUAGUAGACUUUCAGUUCAUGUGUUGUUUUACUCCAUAUUUUCUUUUCAAACUUGUAAGACAUGAUACGUGCUUUGCUUAUGCUAUUAAAUAAUGUGUAAGAAACCAAA